GAGUUUGUUUUAUUGAAAAUAUUGCCGUUAUAAAAUGCUAUUCAUAUUAAUUAAAUUUAUUUUAUUUUAUUUACAUCCAUUUAUUUAUAACCAUAAAGAACAAGACUAAAAUAACUCUUAUCAUUGCUAUCUUGUUCUUUCUACCCCUUUCUGCUGGUGUCAUCAGUUGCAGUGUAAACAUUACCAGUUUCGCAGAUUAAAGACAGGGUUUAUUUAUUUACUUAUUUGUUUGUUUAAAAAAAAAUCUCCGAAAACAAUGGCAGCGUCAAAUGUCGAAUUUCUGGCGCGAGAAAGAAGCGGACACACGGCCGUGGUUUCAGAAAACACUUUAUUUGUGUGGGGAGGUUAUGUGGUAAGACAGCUGCCUGUACACAAGCCUAAUGCGAAUAAAUACCCAAAUUACGAAUACUAAUGUUCGCAAUUAAUAAGUCUUGUUGCUGCCUCUCAUUUCAUUGAGGGAAGACACUGCAGGUGGAAACGACAUUUUUAAAUAAAUCCCCAAGUUGUGGAAACAAAUCAAACCACGUUUUAAUCAAUACGAAACAUCUCUAGUUUAUCUGCAUUCAAGAAAUGUACAUGAUCAUUCUUGCCCCUGACUGAAAGGAUAUAGCACAAAAUGUUGAUUUAUUUUAACUGCCGUACUGAAAAAAGGCAUAAAAAAUCUUUAUAAGGGUGAAUUAACUUGCAAAGACUGCUUCCCAAACAAAUACCCCAUUACUGUAUACUGCACUCCUGUGUUUCGUUAAGACAAAGGCCUCUUCAAAAUUCACUUUCAAACUAUAUCAUCUCUCUAGCCUAUGUGCAGUCUGCCUGUAAUACUUCCACUUCGAUGGUAUUAACAAUUUUAUUAGUCGAAAAUGUCUUUUUCCCAUGGUGUGGAUCAAUGUUGAAUGAGGAAAUCGGUAACAUACAUUUGUUCCAAUUUGUCUGUAUUUUUAAGUCAGUAGCUGAUCUUGAAGUCUUCCUCCCAAACAAUGAGAUCUGGUUGUAUGACCUGGACAUCGGGUUAUGGAAAAAGUGUGACAUGAGUGGGGAUGUUCCUCCAUCCAUGUCAGGUACCUGUGGUUGCAAUCUAAAAGGAAUCAUGUAUAUAUUUGGUGGUUGCAGUGAUGAUGGUCAGACCAAUGAGCACUAUUCUGUCAAUCUCCACAAUGGGAAAUAUGCAUGGAAGAAGUUAAGAUAUUGUGCAGGGUUACAGCCCUCACCCCGUGACAAGCUUUCCUGUUGGGUUCACAAAGGAAGGAUUAUUUACUUUGGUGGAUAUGGUCAUAAGCUUCGCAGUGAAAUCCGUAACCAUGGCACUUUUGUUGUGGAUGAAGCUUCUUGGGCUGAAGACAUCUUAUGGGGUUGGAACAGUGAAGUUCAUGUGUUUGACCCAGGAUCAAAAUGUUGGACAGAACCACAAACAUUUGGGCAUGCUCCUGCCCCGAGGGCUGCCCAUGCCAGUGCCACCAUAGGUAAUAAAGGGUAUGUCUGUGGCGGACGUAUAAUGGAGACAAGAAAAUGUGACCUUCAUUGUCUGGAUUUAAAUACAUGGAUGUGGUCUGAAAUUGUUCCAACCAGCACACUUCCUUUGGGCCGUUCAUGGCAUACUCUAAAUGCAGUUUCAGACACAACACUCUUUCUCUUUGGUGGACUUAGCGUGGAUUGCAGACCCAUGAGUGAUGGUUGGUUGUUUGAUCUGAAGACAAAUGAAUGGGCAGAAAUUAAGCAUCCAAACAUGGAUAAACCACGGCUGUGGCACACUGCUUGUGUGGGAGGGAACUCGGAUGUUAUUGUUUUUGGUGGAAGCCAUGAUUAUAUCCUUUUAGUGGACUCUGGUCAUUGCAAUGACAUUCUUGUGUUCCAAACCCAGCCUUACUCACUAAUACGGUUAUGUGAGGACUUUAUUGCAAGCAGUGCCAAAAUGUUUCAGACCCAGCUUGCAGGUUUACCACCCAAAUUAAUAUACAGUAUGCAGAAGAGAAUAACCUUUUUCAGAUCAACAAAAAAAUCACAGAAAGCCAUCAAAACACUGGAGUGAUUUUUUUCUGGAAACAGGAGAAAUUGUGUGAUGUCACUGUAUUUGCAUUUGAAGUAUUUUUCAAUUAUUUGUAAUAACAUUGUGUUUGAGUUGAUAUUUGGACAAUUUAAAUUCUCUUUUGAGGAAGUUUAACAUAUUGAGCACUACUUUAUUGCACUGUGCUGUUUAUCACAAGGAUAGGAAAAUGAAAUUACAAAGGGCUAUUUUUAGCUGAUAUGAUCAUGUAAUACACCAUUAACAAUGUCUGUAUGACAUUCUUAUUUUGUGUGAAAUUUACCUGAUACAGGAGAACAUAUAGGGCAAAUUAAGAAAAAAUUGAUUACUUACUUGCUUGGUUCAAACCAGUACAUUUUGCAUUAGUGUAACUUAAAUGUUAAUUAAAUUGUUAUAUAUGUGAGUAAGUUAUUGACUUACUGACAGAGAGGGCAAGGUAUCCUCUGUUCUCUGUACACUGUCUCUUUUUUACAUAGCAUUAAAUGGGCCUUUAUGAUAUUCUAGAAAAGAAUGAAGGCUAUGUAUUUGUUGGGAGGUCAAAGGGUCAGUCAGUAUAGUAAUGUAAAUCUAUACAUGUCCUUUUUUUAUUGGAUGCUCAUUGCUCAGAAUUAACCAAUCACAUUCAAACUCAUGUU